AUUUACUUACCCGUUAUCAAGAACAGAGCGAUAAGGUUUUAAGUGAAUUGAAUGUCUAUUUAAACAGCAACCUCGUAUAUGCGACACAAUUUGUAAUCAGAAUUGAGGAAGAAAGGUUAUUUUUGUUGUAGGGAUUAGAUUAAUAACAUGACUUUCUCUAUCGAAGGUAAGAUAGCUUUAAUAACCGGAGGUGCUUCGGGAAUUGGACUUCGAUACGCGAAAGCAUUACUGCGAAAUGGACUGAGGGGUGUGACUUUAGCUGAUGCAAACACUGAUUUUGGAAACCAAGCAUUAAAAGAAAUCGAAAAGGAGUUUGGAGCUAAUAAAGCUGUUUUUGUACACACAGACGUCAGAAUCAAGGAGAGUUUCGAGGAGGCUUUCAAAAAGACGAUCGAAGUGUUCAAAAACCUAGACAUUCUCAUUAACAAUGCGGGCAUAUUAAACGACGCUGUAUGGGAGAAGGAAAUUGCUAUCAAUGUUAAUGGAGUGAUUUAUGGCGUUCUUCUCGGUUUAGAAAACUACAUACCCAAGUACAAAACUGGCGAUGAAGGUGUUAUUGUAAAUAUAUCUUCCAUAGCUGGUAUUAUAGAAUUUAGCACGAUUCCGAUUUACACCGGAACGAAGUUUGCAGUACUGGGAAUGAGUAAAGCGUGGGGCGAUAUAGAACAUUACAACCGAACUAAAGUAAGAGUACUAACCAUGUGUCCAGGAGUUACAGACACUCCACUAAUAAGUGAAAUGUCUGGUAGAAACUUAGGGGCUCCUUAUCAACAGAUUCUUGAGUCACAAAUCACUGCUUUACCAUCACAGAAGCCUGAAAGUGUUGCAUCGGCAAUGGUAAAAAUUAUUAAAAAUGCAAAAAGUGGAACAGCGUGGGUAGCUGAAGCUGAUGAAGACCCUUAUGAAUUCCUUCUAACCCCCAGGGAAAGUUUUAAACCACAAUAACGUGUAAUAUGCAAUAUACUUUUUAUACAUAUGGGUAAAAUUGGAAAGAAUAGAUUAUUAUUAUGUAAAGACAAUUCUGUAAGCCAGAUUUCAACAGUGACCUUUAAUUUCAUUAAAAAUCAAUAAACUGCACUGAAAAACAA